UACUGAACUUUUACGUUUUAUUUAGGAGGCUCGUCGUCCUCGCGCCCUCGAGUUUUGCUCUAGGUGGACACGAAGCGAGGCUUAACUGGCCGUAAGGUCGUCGGGCAUGGAUCCUUUCGGCGACGAGAGCUCCCUUCAUUUGGAGCUGCAUCUCCCUGGCUUUUCCGAAAGCCAGGGGUUGGUCUGCAGCGAGGUUCUCGACCACGAUUUAUACCUAAACGUGAAAGACGGGAUGUACGCGGGGCUGAGCGGCUCGGACGUUGUGGAUGCGGCCAGCCAUGCUCUGCAGGCGGAUUUAAACGGGCUCUCCCUCUCCCCGGUGAGGGAUUGCGGCUCCGUUUGGCUCCUCGAUGGGUCCGACUUGCGGCACGGUGAGCGCGUUGGACUCGUUUUGAAGGGUGUUUUAGGCAUCGAAGCAGCCGGCGUUAUUUUGUGGGUUUAUAUAGGUGGUGGAGUCCAUUACGUGAAAGAUCUUUGGGGUAAAGAGGUGGAUGCACGGUUGCGUUUUGUUUUUUUAAAAUCAGUUUUUGCUUCUUGUAGUUGCAUUUUGCAAACGUUUCUCCUUCGUCGCGGGCCAGAGCCCUCCGACAGAAGCGUUAUAAAAAGAGAUGGGUUUAUUAAGCUGGGGCUGCCCAUGCCGACCGGACCGGAGGAGGCUGGAGGAGGAGGAGGAAGAGGCAGAUCCUCGGGGAGAGGAAAGCGUCCCCUCGGCUCUCCUCAGACCUCGCCGCCGGCCUGCAGCCGCUGCGGGAAGGUGUUUGGCAGCGCCAGCGCCCUCAGCAAACACUGCCUGACUCACAGCCAGAGACGGGAACACGUCUGUACCAUCUGCAGCAAGGCCUUUAAACGCCCGGACCACCUGAGCGGGCACAUGUUGACACAUCAGAAAAUAAAACCUUUUGCGUGCCCGGAACGAGACUGCGGUAAGAGUUAUUGCGAUCACCGCUCGCUGCGCCGGCAUUACGAACUGCAGCACGGCUUGUGCGGCUUGAAGGAGGCUCCUAAGGAAGGUGCCGGGCAGGAAUCCGCGCUUCUUCCUGCUCCGUAUAGCCAAGGCAACGGGAAAUCAGUGGACGGCCUGACUGCGCGCUCAGAACCAGGCUGUUUCCCACCCAAAAGAGACCCGCUGAGGUGCGUCGCGACCAGCUUUGUAAAUCGGAACCCUCCCUCGGCCGCGGAGCGCGCGGGCGCUGCCUCGACAGAUUCCUCCCCGGCGAGCCGGUCCUCUUGCCUCGUGUCUGGCGGCAGCGGGCUUCCAGGAGACGAUACAGCGAAGGAUCGCCUCUCGCGCCAAGAGAGCGCCGCUUUUCCCAACCUCUGUGCCGUAAUAAAUCCCGGCAACGUGUCUCUGAUCGCGCCGGGCGAGAACGCAGUCGCCGAUCCGACCAGCAGGUCUUUUGUUUCGGAAGCCCAGCUCCCCUCGGAGCCCGCGGGGCUGCAGUGUCAUCCCAACAGCACCCUGCCUUGUUUUUCCACGUUCAGAGAGCGGAAGACAUCUGCAGACCAGCCCGGCGGUAGCUUUCAGUGGAUAAGAAACGCGCAGGUUUGUGCUAAACCCAAAAGGAACGGCGUCUGCCUCGCUCGCAAGCCGCCUGUCGCAGCGCGGGGCGUUCCGGAGGGAUUAGCUGCACCUUCCCUCACGUUCUCAGCCGCGUAUGAGCGUCCGGACGCUUUUUCUUUCCCCGUUGCGCCUUUCAAAGCCGAAGGUGACGCGCUGAGCGAGCUGACCCUCGGUUGUUUUGAGGAAACCUUUCAGUCGGUGAAAUCCCACGACUCCCGCUCGUGGGAGAAUGCCGGGGAAUCGAGUUUUCCGGAGGUUCAGAAGCGCGGAGCGCUGCAGAGCGAGACCAGGCAGCUUUUCCCGAACCCCCAGGAACCCGCCGCGUGCCCGCUGCCGCAGCACCUCUUCCAGGUCGUCGCCAGAUCUCUCCCCCAUGCCCAGGCGCCGGCUCCGUGCCCGUCGGUGGCUCCCGAGGCCAAGCACCUGCCAGCAAACCCUUUCCAAGUGGGAUUUCAGCAGCCGCCCCCCUUGGCUCCCCAGUUUCUGGAGUACGAAGGGCCUUCCGCGUACCUCCAAAAGACCGUACCCCAAUUCCAGGGCGUUCCGUCAAACGGGGAGAAACGAGGACCGCAGCCGGCGCCGUCGAAAGAAUACGCGGGGUUACGAGACUCCGCUGUUCCUGGUCAGCUCCGGUACGUGGGAAACCACUCUUCUGGGACGGCAAAUCAGCUGGAAAACGAACUUUCUGCGUUUAAAAAAGAGAAGAGCCGAGAUCGUAGCGCGGAACCAGGCGGGAAAGCGCCGGCGGGCGCGGGCAGGUCUUGGCGUCUGCCGUCCGUCCGCAGGGAGAAGCCGACGUUCGGGCUGAGCCGCGCGGCUCCGCCGAGUCAGGUGGCCAUGGCGUCCUUCUCGUCGGCUCCCGGGGCGACACGCAGGCUGACCAUUUUCAACCGGAUUCAGGGCGGAAAUAUCUACAGCCUGACUAAGGCGGCAAAGGAAGAAAACUCGUCAGCCGAGCGGAGUAAGACCGGUGCCGCUCCUACUGAUGGCAGCAGCUCUGAAAGCGGCUUUCUCCACCAGAACUGCGGUCAGCCGGUUUACACCCAGAACGGUCUGGAGGGCCGCGAGUGUUUUCGUGGUGAACAAUGGCAUCCGCUACAAAGGAAGGAGGAACAACAGAACCGAUUCAGAAGGGACUGGAAAGAAUGGUUUGCCGAAGGUACACCCGGCACCCUCGCUGGCGUUUGUGGUGAGGUGGGAGACGCGGACGCUCAACGACUCUGGCUGGGGGCAGCAGGGGAUGGGAACCGUCCCUCGGAACCCGAGGCGCCUCUGCAUGAUGUCACAGUGGCUCCUCUGGUGAUUCCUGUCUCCGUCCCGGUGACGGACUCGCGAGGAGGGAACGAGGUGAGCCCGGAUGAGAAGGACCUCAAAGAAACCUCGCACCAGAAAAAGAGAAAGAAGCAAACGCGGCCAAAAUCGCUCCUUAUCCCACCUCCGCCGGGCCCCGACGCCCAGCCGGGGGUGGGAGGGUGUUACCAGAGUAAUCUCCGUUCUCCCGUAUUCCUGGUGGAUCAUCUGCUGAGGGAUUUGUUCCAGCGCUCUUCUUACACGCCGCCGCCGAUGCUCAGCCCCGUGCGGGAAGGAUCAGGCCUCUAUUUCAGCACUCUCUGCUCUCCCUCUGCUAGCGGUGAUCCCAGCCAGCUCUUCGGUGCCGUUUUAGGCAGAAUGGACAAGGACUUUGGAUUUUGCCUGACGAAGGAUAACGCCAACAUCAGCGUUCAGCCGCACAUCAACGUUGGAAGUCGGUUUCAGGCGGAGGUACCAAACCUCCGGGACAGAUCGCAGUUGGAAAAGGACGACCAAGCAGCGUCGUUGGUGUGGAAGCCCUGGGGAGACAUCGCAACGAACCCCCAAACGCAGGACAGAGUAACGGAACUGCUCAACGUGGCCUGCUCCAGCGUCAUGCCGGGGGGAGGAACGAACCUCGAGCUCGCCUUGCACUGCCUGCACGAAGCACGAGGCAACGUUCUGGAGGCUCUGGAGAUGCUGCUUUUUGGGGCGCCUCAGAAAUCUGAAUCCCAUCCUCUGGCUAAUUAUCAUUACGCAGGUUCGGAUAGCUGGACGCCUCUCGAGAAGCAGUUGUUUAAAAAGGCGUUCUGCCUGCACAAGAAGGAUUUUUACCUGAUACAGAAGAAGAUUCAGACUAAGAGUGUGUCCCAGUGUGUUGAAUAUUACUAUAUCUGGAAAAAAAAACCUAAAUUUGACUACAGUCGAGCUCAAGUAAUAGAAAAAAAGGUCAAGAGAGCCAAGGAUGAGGUGGAAGAGACUGAAAAAAAGGCUGUCUGCAGCCCGAAGAGGCGGCGCCGUUUCCUGCCGAAGGAAAGCAUGAAGAUAAAGCGGAAGAGUUACACGAGGGUUCCCCGUGGCGAAGGCGAUCCCCCCUACCAUCCGAGCGCCUCUCCGGACCGGGCUGGAAUCGCAGCCCAUCGGGGUGUAUUUCCGUGUCCAGAGUGCGAAAGGGUGUUUGACAAGAUAAAAGGUAGGAACGCUCACAUGAAAAGCCAUCGCCCGCAGGAGCAGGCGGAGCCUCUCGCGAAGGUGAAAUGGCCCUCGAAGCAUUUUAAAAGCGAGGCGAAGACGGAGGAAACCCAGAUGCUGACGUCCCCCGACGGUAACUGGGAAACCCUGAUUUCCGAGCAGCGCAGGAGCACGGCGGCGGUCGCGCCGAUGCCGGGAAACCCCCCCUCGGCUUUUUCUGCCGUGGAAAAGCGCCGGGUGAAGCUGCGGAGGAUGUUCGCUAAAGGGUUUCUGGAAGAAAAGCCGUAACUUUGUGUGUGGAGCGUUGCUUUUUUUUUUUUAAAAAACCACCUUAUUUGGGUUUUCUCGGGAGCUGGUGUCAAGUUUGACAAAGAAAUGGAUCUGCGCCGCAAAGACGUGCGCUAAGUGAAGGAAGCGGGCGGGGAAUUAGCGAUGCCCGGCU